CAAAUUUUGAUCAAACCGAAACAUGGCCCCUCCUACAUUCAUUGAUGCGGAGGACGUGAAGCGGUUGCUUACGAUGGUAGAACUCAUCAAUGCCAUUGAGAAUGCACUCAGACACUUCUCUAUGAAGGAAGAUGGAGGUGUGUUACAACCAGUCAGGACAGUUCUUCCAGUCCAAAAAGGAUUCUUUGGAUUAAUGCCUGCCUAUAGUGAAAAAGAUGAUGCCCUUGCAGCUAAGCUCGUUGGUUUCUAUCCUGAAAACAAAGAUGUUGCCACUCAUCAGGCGCACAUUCUACUCUUUGAGCCAUCUAAUGGAGUCCUUAAAGCACUGAUAGAUGGCGAGGUGAUCACCGCAAUGAGAACAGCUGCUGCAUCUGCUGUUGCAUCUAAGUACCUGGCUAACCCCAAGUCUAAAGUCUUAGCUUUAUGUGGUGCAGGAACUCAAGCUAGAAGUCAUUACCAGGCAUUAUCAGUUAUCUUUGACUUUGAACAAGUAAUGAUUUGGAGCAGAACCACAACAAGUGCAAAGAAAUUAGCAGAAGAGAUUGGUCCAAAAGCUCAAGUCUGUAUGACAUAUGCUGAGGCUACUAAAAAUGCUGAUAUUAUCUGUACCAUGACAUUCGCAAGCAAGCCAUUUUUAAAAGCAACUUACAUAAAACGUGGAGCUCAUAUCAAUGCUGUUGGAGCAUGUAGACCUGACUGGUCAGAGAUAGAUGGCGCAUUGAUGAGAGAGGCGAUUGUAUAUGUGGACAGUAAGGAGGCUGCGCUGAAAGAAUCUGGCGAUGUGAUAUUUUCAAAGUGUGAGGUUUUUGGCGAAGUAGGUGAAGUGGUCUGUGGCAAGAAGGAAGCAUUCCCCGAAGCAACAACAGUAUUCAAGUCUUUAGGUCUCGCUAUUGAGGAUGUUGUAUCAGCCAAGCUAGUUUACGAUAAAUACAUUGCAGAAAGAGCUUAAUAACUGCUGAGUGGAAAUUCUUCGAGAGCAUUUUAGAGCUUUUUAAAGUGUCCAAU